CGAACACAAAGAGACCCACUGAACUCUUGAUACUCAGCAGGCAGUCACGGGAUUCAUGUUCAUUUCCAAGCAGGAUUUAACUUUUCCAGAGCACGCAUGAUGAGUUUUUUCUCCUCUCCAUCUGUGACAUGGAGUCUGGUGGUACUGCUCCUUACCCUCCUGAUAGUGUAUGGGAUAUGGCCUUUUCGCUUUUUUAAAAAUUUGGGAAUUCCUGGUCCAAGGCCUUUACCUUUCCUUGGCACACUCCUUUCAUAUAGAAAAGGUUUUUACUGUUUUGAUCUGGAGUGUUACAAGAAAUAUGGCAAACUUUGGGGGAUCUUUGAAGGACGUCAGCCAGUAUUGAUGGUUGCAGAUACUGAAAUGAUCAAAACAGUCAUGGUUAAAGAGUGUUACACGUACUUCACUAAUCGAAGGGAUACAAAUGAAGAUUUGGCUGGACCAUUUGCAGAUGGAGUAAGCAUAGUCAAAGAUGAAAGAUGGAAGAGAAUUCGUAGUACACUCUCUCCAUUUUUCACAAGUGGACGGCUCAGAGAGAUUUUUCCAUUAGCACAACAAUACGCCAAUCGUCUAGUAGAUCAUUUGAAGAAGAGAGACCUGAAGAAGCCUGUUCAAAUAAAGGAACUGCUUGGCCCGUACAGUAUGGAUACUGUAACCAGCGCUUCCUUCAGUGUGGACAUCGACUCCAUCAACAACCCUCAAGACCCUUUUGUCGGCCAUCUCAAUAAAUUCUUUCAAUUCAGUUUCUUCAAUCCUGUUUUCCUGUUAAUGAUGUUGUUUCCAUUUGCAGCGAGGAUAUUGGGUAAACUGGGCAUCACUAUGUUCUCAAAGACAAGUAUGGACUUUUUUUACACUUUCCUCAGGAAAAUCAAAGACCAGCAUCAUAAGGAAAAGAAUGGGCGAGUGGACUUUCUGCAGCUCAUGAUCCAAGGUCAGAUAUCAGAUGAUAAAGCUGAGGAGACAUCAGGUGAUCAGACAGCUAAAGGUUUGACUGAUCAUGAGAUUCUGUCCCAGUCCUUUAUUUUCAUCCUCGGUGGUUAUGAGACAACCAGCACCACACUGACCUUUCUAAUGUACAAUCUGGCAACCAAUCCAGAUGCUCUGAGGAAAGUAGUGGAGGAGAUUGACACAGCAUUUCCAAAUACAGCUCCCAUCACAUAUGAGAAAUUAAUGGAUCUAGAAUAUUUAGACAUGGUUAUGAAUGAGUCCCAGCGUCUGUUCCCUACUGCACCCCGUACCGAGCGAGUAUGUAAGAAAACAGUCGAGGUAAAUGGAGUAACCAUUCCCAAGGAUACUUUGGUUGGAAUUCCAACUUAUGUUCUACACCGUGACGCACAACAGUGGACAUCACCUGAGGAGUUCAGGCCUGAAAGAUUCAGCAAAGAGAACAAAGGAGACAUCAACCCCUAUGCAUUCUUGCCCUUCGGUCUGGGACCACGGAAUUGCAUUGGAAUGAGAUUUGCCCUCAUGGUUAUGAAGCUUGUUGUGGUGAAGCUGCUUCAAAAUUUCCAACUGGAGACAUGCAAAGAAACUCAGAUCCCCAUUGAGCUGGAUACAAUGUAUCGACCCAAAGUUCCUAUUACUCUUAAAUUUGUUCCACGAUCUGACUGAAAUAAGGAAGACUGAAGCUCCAGGAGAUGCAUCUUUAUGGCUCAUGUGAAAUCAUUUUACUUCCAUUGGAUAAACUGAACGAAUGGCUCAGUGCAUUAUAUCACUUUUUAGCAUGGCUUACUACCGUGAAGUAAAAAUAUGGCUUCAGCUUUUAUUAGAAAUUACUGUGCUUUUUUUAUUCUCAGCCAUUUUUAAUAAUCAUAACCUUUUUACUCGUCACUUUUGUGGUGUCAUAUUCUUUUCCAGCUCUGAAUAUAUUUAUUAAAAUUACUGAGAUAUAUAAAUUUAAUGUGUCUGAUAUUUUUUAUUUCAUUUGUGUCAGGUUAAAAGGACUUAAAAAAGAUUAAAAGGAUACACAAAAUGGUCAGACAGACAACUGUUUUAAAGUAAAGUCUGGUUGUAAUUACACUUGUUUAAGUUUCAUACUCAUUAGUAAAGAAACAUAAAGCAAUGUUAAAGCAUUAGCUUGAUAA